AUGAGCUUUUCCACUAUAAAUAGCAACGUUAAUAAAACUGCCGGUGAUAGCAAUAAUAACACAACCGAAAAUAGCUCGACUGCAGACCUCUUAGGAAUGGACCUGUUGCAGAGCGGGCACCGACUGAUGAACACGAUGCAACCGAAUAACUCUCCUGAUAUGGUGCUCAUGAAUAAUAAGGCUAAUAAUGUUCAGCAACCUAGUGGAAACAUCAAUAGCAGUAGCACCAGUACGGGUGCUAAAGCUCCAGCAAAUGAGUUUGUAAGAAAGCUUUUCCGGAUACUGGAAAAUAACGAGUAUCCUGAUAUCGUGACCUGGACUGAGAACGGUAAAAGUUUUGUUGUCUUGGACACGGGGAAGUUCACUACGCAUAUAUUACCCAAUCAUUUCAAACAUUCGAAUUUUGCCUCGUUUGUGAGGCAGUUAAAUAAAUACGACUUUCAUAAGGUUAAGAGAAGCCCUGAAGAGAGACAGAGAUGCAAGUAUGGCGAACAAAGUUGGGAAUUUCAGCACCCGGAAUUCAGAGUGCACUACGGAAAGGGCCUUGAUAACAUUAAAAGGAAAAUCCCAGCUCAAAGGAAAGUACUGUUGGACGAGUCUCAAAAGGCCCUUUUGCAUUUCAAUAGUGAAGGUACCAACCCGAACAACCCUUCUGGAUCUCUCUUAAAUGAAUCCACCACAGAACUCUUAUUAAGCAACACUGUAAGUAAAGAUGCGUUCGGAAAUUUGAGAAGGCGGGUAGACAAACUUCAAAAGGAGUUAGAUAUGUCCAAGAUGGAGAGUUAUGCCACUAAAGUUGAAUUACAGAAGUUGAAUUCGAAAUAUAAUACGGUGAUCGAAAGUUUAAUAACGUUUAAGACAAUAAAUGAAAAUUUACUAAAUAAUUUCAACACCUUAUGCUCCACUUUGGCAAAUAACGGUAUUGAAGUUCCCAUAUUUGGCGACAAUGGAAAUCAAAACGCAACGGGUAAUGCUAACAACCCGGCAGCUAUCGCGGCUAUCCAUGGCAACAGCAAUCACACUAAUAAUGCCUCUCCAGCGACAUCUACAGUAUCCUUACAACUACCUAGUUUGCCCGAUGAGAAUAGUCUUACACCAAAUGCUCAAGCAAACACUGUCACCCUACGAAAAGGAUUCCAUGUACUACUGGUAGAAGAUGACGUAGUGUCCAUACAGCUUUGCUCGAAAUUUCUACGGAAAUAUGGCUGUACCGUCCAGGUUGUUACCGACGGCCUUUCAGCCAUUUCAACACUGGAAAAAUUCAGAUACGAUUUGGUUCUAAUGGACAUUGUUAUGCCCAAUCUGGAUGGUGCCACAGCUACAUCCAUCGUAAGAAGUUUUGAUAACGAAACUCCCAUCAUUGCCAUGACUGGUAACAUUAUGAAUCAAGAUUUGAUCACCUAUCUACAGCAUGGUAUGAACGAUAUUUUGGCUAAACCAUUCACGAGAGACGAUUUACAUUCUAUUCUUAUACGUUACCUAAAAGACCGUAUUCCCUUGUGUGAACAGCAACUACCACCGCGUAACUCUUCACCACAAACACAUUCUAAUACUAAUACAGCCAAUUCUAACCCUAACACAAUCAACGAACACUCAUUAGCCAUGUUACCGCAAGAUAAUCCGUCGACUACAACACCUGUUACCCCAGGUGCUUCCAUAUCGUCCGGGCACCAUGGUCAACAAGGACAGCAGGAACAGCAGCAACAGCUUUUCCAUACUCAGCAGCAACAGCACCACAACAUCGCUGCUAGUGCCAGAUCAGACGUGCCUAUACCGAACUUGGAACAUGAAAUCAAUACAGUGCCACAUUCCUCAAUGGGUUCCACCCCGCAAUUGCCACAGUCUACACUUCAAGAAAAUCAGCUGUCGUGA